AUGGCUGAACAAAUUAAAUGGCAAAUAGCAGAAAAAAUAAAAGGAAAGGCAUUUGCUUUGAUGGCAGAUGAAAGCCGCGAUAAUGGUGGUCAUGAACAACUUUCAAUAGUGAUAAGAAUAGUUGUGAAUGCAAAUAAUCAUAAACAUAUUAUUCAAGAAUAUUUCAUUAGUUUAAUAAGAUUACACGAGUUUGAUGCUCAAAUAUUAUCAAAUGAAAUUGUUAAUUACUUAACAAAUUAUGGUGUUAAAUUAGAUUCAUGCAUUGCACAAUGUUAUGAUGGAUAUAGGAAUCUUUUAUGA